CUGCACUCAGUUCCUUUGGAUUAGUCUCUGCACUCAGCUCCUUUGGAUUAUUCUCUGCACUCAGCUCCCUUGGAUUAUUCUCGAGUGCAAAGGGAAGGUGGAGGCCCCGAGGCGCUGCCGUUGGCAUCCUCGAAAACCCACGGAGAGUGCGAAGCCGACCAGCGUAAAGAUAACUGUGCUUCUUCUUCCCGGCUCUGUUCAGAUGAGUUGCAGAGCAAUCGAUCUGAGUGUCAAGCUGCCAGGGACUGGGCCCGUGCCAAUGGCGAUGCAGUUGCUCUUUGGCGGGAAUUCGAACGGCUCCCGAAAGAUGAGUUUCAUGCUCGGAUCGAGGCGCUCAAGGCAUACAAACUUCGAAUGGGAAUUGAGAGUCCCGAGGAGGCGCCGAGUCCAGAGGGGGAGGCUGGCCGUGGGAAAGGCCAGAAGCACCGCAGAAACAGGAGGCGGGCAAGGGCGAAGGCUCAGGCAGUUCUAACUGGCUCUUCUGUGUCAAAGUCGGCCCAUCCAUCUACGAGCGAUCCUCCCCCACCUCCGUCCUCUUUUGCGGACUUGUGCAGUUCUUCAAAUCACGUCGAGUGCGCCGGCACGGCUACCGCAUGGGUGCUCCAGAGGCACAUCGCGCGCCUGCUCGUGGCGGACCACCUGCAGAAGGAGGGCGCUGAUUGGGAUGCGGUCUUCCACGCAUGGGAUAAAAUGGCCACCCUGCGAGAGAGGGCAACUUUCUAUUUGAAACAGGCUACUCUGCACCGUCUGUGUGAGGCUUACCACCGUGAUGGGGAGGAGGGCGCGGACAUCCAGAGACUCUGGGAGCAGUGUCGGUUGGACAAGAUAAGGAUGCACCGUAUUGCGGGGUGGUGCUUCGGACAUUGGCGGUGCUUGUCAUUCUACUCAAGUUGUGCUCAACGGUUGAUGGAACAACGCUUGCAGAGCCACAUUAGGAACCUUCGUGUAACCUUUUGGCCUCCUCAUCAUAAAGAUUCGAUGGCUUCGCACCCUGGGAGUUCCACGACUGGGAGUUUAUCUAUGCAGUUGUGAGUUCAGCAGUGACGGAGGACGAGGAGAAACGUAACCGCGCAGAUUAUUUGCUUCAGUUGGCGUGUAAUUCAAGGAUAAGGAAAUACUGCUUCCGCAAGUCUGGCUGGGUAAAACUCGUUCACUCUUUCACGGCUGCCACGCUGUAUCGCCUUAUGGCCUCGGGUGCCGAGGAAAAGGCUGUUUUGCUUGAAGCGCUUCUUCGGGAUCGCGCGAGACUUGGCCCGAUAGCCAAUUUGACCCAUCUGUCGACGGAUAUCAGAGACGUUAGUCACCACAGACUCGUUCCCAAAAGCGUUGCGGAAGCCAUGAGAUACGUGACGAAUUUUCAGGAUGAAUGGAUGCGUCGCAAUGUAAAGAACUACCGCGAGUUGCCUGCCAAGGCGGGAUACCCAAUUAUUGAUUGAUUUAGUGAUUGCGCAUAGGCUGACAUGGUUGGCCAGAACCAGAAAUUGUUACGUUGUAUUCCAUACUUCCCUUAUUGAACAUGCGAGCAAAACAAAACUAGACGGCCUCCGUGGAUUCUUCGACGGAGGUCGCUCUGUGGAGGGAUGUGCUACAGAAUGGUGUUUAGGUUUGUGUGUGCACGGGGCGUGGCUGUUCGUGGCGGAGGAAGCUUUCUCGCUUGAUGCCUCUGCUUCUGUCGUGUUCUGUGUGAUGUUUGCAGCGCGACGGCUCUGUGUGGCCGUGGUGCACGUUUUGGGUAGCCUCUUUCAUCUCUAACCUGUUCAUAUACCUUUGCAAUUUCACAUGUCGUGCUGCAUCCUUUUCCUUGUUCCUGCAUCCUAUUCCGAUGCCUAUGCCUCAGUGGCUCGGCAGUGUGAUGAUAAGAGAUGCCUUCUCUAGCUACCCUGUGCUCCGUUUGGGAGUCUUAGGGCUCAGCUGUCACAGCUGUCCGCGACCUGAUUCAAAUUCAAAACACAAGGGUUGACGGUUGACCGCGGGCUCCAGUUAACUCACCUGGCCUGGGUGGACAAGGUGUGAACCUGGGGUUUGUUUUUUUGAAGAUUUAAUAUUUCGCAUUUCGUUCUGCAGCCAGUAUUUUUCUCGUGUAGCGAGUUAGCCGUCUGCCCGUCGAAUUCUCAGGGUCCGUAGCUGCAGUCUUACUGUCGAGGCACGGGCUUGACUCGUAAAGCAGGCGGACACCCCCACUGGGGCGUGAAGCUCCCUGUGGGGCCACGAAACGCUGCCUUAGG